AUGGUGUCCUUUUCCUGCGAGGCGUGUGGAGAUGUCCUCACGAAAAAGAAGCUCGACCCUCACCGCGGUCAAUGCCGAGGCGCGUCCUACACUUGCAUUGACUGUAUGGUCCAUUUCUAUGGCACUGAGUACAGAGCCCAUACGUCGUGCAUGUCCGAGGAACAAAAGUAUCAAGGUGCGCUGUACAAGGAGAAACCCGCCAAGGGUCAAAAGAAGGGCCAGAACAACAAGAACGCAAAUGCAAAGGCCAAUGCCAAUGCGCGCAACCAGCAACCUCGAGUGGAGUCCGCCUCCGAGUCUGACAAUGUCAUUGUGAAAUCCGUUGAUGCGCCGCCCCCACCAGCACCCACGCCCCCACCUGUGGUCGAGUCUAAGCCCACGGCCGAGGCCCUGAAAAACAGUGGCAAGGAUGUCAAUGUCUUUGAUUACCUUGUCACUGAGGAGACCCCCAAUGCGUCCAAGACCUCUCUGGCCCCUCCCAAGGAGCAGAUGUCCAUGGUCAAGGAGGCCCCGUCUCUGUUCAAGGCCAGCACCUCUCUGGCUAAGCUGGAUGCCAAGUCCGACGAUGAAGGUAAUUACGAUAUUGCCUACGAGGAGAACGGCUUUUCAUAUGGCGCCGACCCUAUUCCCCCAUCCAUGUAUCCUAGCAAUGUGCCUAAUGAUUCGACAGAGUUUGUUACUCCGGCACCUAAGAAAAAGAAGGAUCGCCGCAAGGAGGAAAAGCGCGCACCUGGCUCUGUCAGCGAGAAGAAGCGCAAGCGUGGCCAAGAGGAAACCUUUAACAGUCCUCAGCAGGAUAUCGACACUGAUAUGAUGGAUGCCCCAUCGAGUGUUAUCAACAACGCCGGAACCCCGAUUCUCAACCACUCUGGCCUUACCGGCGGCUUGAACCGUAUGAUGCGCUCGCCUUCGCACGAACUUGACGAUACCCCGGCUCAUGGUUCCCCCCAUGGCAACGGUGAUCCCGGCUUGGGCAUCACUAUCAAGAACCGGGCUGAGCGUCUGGUCUCUUCCAUGUUCGGCGGCACCGGAUCUGUUAUCUCUGCCAGCAGUGACCAAGGUUCUCGCCCAGUUGUUCGCUCUCGCCGUGGCAGCGACUCCAGUGGUGAUGUCCAACUCGAAGUGCGCAAGAAGAAAUCCCACCGCACCCGUACCGCGUCGGAUAACCUCGGUGAAAGCCGCAAAUCGAAGCGCAAGAGCUCCAACCCUACUGACGGUGACCGACCUUCUCGCCGUCUCAAGCAAACUGAUGACGACCCACACCACGACAACCACGAGGUCACUGUUUACAGACAAUCCAAGCCCCCGGCCCGCGCAGAGGACGUUAUGCCGCGUGAACUGGCGGGACAUUUCCUGUCUCUCGUUUCCCGCGACACUGAACGCGGCUGCUCGGUGCACAAGGCCUUGAAGCGCUUCCACCGCGAUUUCACAGAUGGGUAUGUUGCUGACCGUAGCCGUGAUAAUAGAAGGAGUCAUGCUAAUCAUGAAUGUCGCAGUGAGGAUGAGAAGGAUCUCUGGCGUGCGUUGCGGUUAAGACGCAAUGACCGCGGCGAGAUCGUCGUUUUUGCUUAA